UUAAGAACUAGAAGACAUACAUACUAAUACAAGAAUAAGGUAAGGAAGUUUAUGACUAUGAAGCUUGAUCAAAGUAUCUAGAUGAUGGGAGCCAUUUAUGCCUCAGCUCACCCAUAGUAAAUGCUAUGGCUAUUCUCGUAUAACUGUCUAAAAAACACUCCUUAAGGUUUUCCUAGGAAAACUGUUUUUCUGGAAAGUUUUCUACUUGAAAAACCUCCUAAUACCUACGUAACCAGACACUGAGCAGAUCAUGAUAUAUUACGUCCAGAGCUGGUAAUAUAGCUGAUGACCAUGGAACGGAAUGGGUUUAGGUACUUAAGGUCAGCGCACCUCACAUUGCGUUGACCAGUUCUCAACCUGUUCUUGUUACUCUGCUUACCCUGCAAAAUGCCUCUGAUCAGUUACAAGAGACAGCACUUCAAAACAUUAAUGGAGAUUGCCAAUGCAGUACAAGUGGACACAGUACGAACCCUUAAUGCACAAAGUCCGGCAUCUCUCUACUGUCUCCCUGUUGAGCUGAUCUGCCACAUCUGUCAAUAUCUUCCUAUCGCUGAGACCUUUUGUCUGAUGAUAAGCUGUGCUCGCUUCUGGUAUGCAAGAACCGGUAUUCAAGCUUUUGUCCGUGUGCAGCAGAAGUUGGAUGCAACAGCCUGCAAUAGCUGGUGGGUUAUCGAAGCACGUUUCCAUAUCCUCCGCCUGAUGGAAUUUGAUAAACUUUAUGGGAAAGGCAUCACGUCUUUUUGUUGCUGGGCGUGUAUGAGUACUCACCCGAAAGCAUGGUUUCGCACCCCGCAAUUGCGAACACCUGUCAAUUUAAAGUUCUCAAUUGAAGAGCAGAGGGUAAACUGCUCAGCUGCUGUUACCCGCAUCUGCAGAGCUCUACACAGGAGUACCUGGGUUGGCAUGUGCCAUGAAAUGACAUGUGUCGAGCUCCGGAACCUAGUGCGUGUAAGGGAGACUUGCAAAGAGAAAGUUGGCUCAUCUGUUACGCUCUCUGCUGGCGGCUGCUUUUCAGAGCAUGUGGAGUUCAAUCUAAACACCAUGCAUAUCUUAUCCCGGUUCUACCUUGGCAGACUCUCAGAUCUUGGUCUGGUCGGUUUUGAUCGUCUAUGUCGGAAUGCAAGGCUUCCAAUAUGUCCACACAAGAGAAUUGAUGUGCUUGCAAAGUAUUUCCUCCGAUAUAUGAAUCCAGGUGAUGUCCGCCGUUGCCUUCACUGUGGGGCAGAAUUCUAUCUCACAAUCACCUCUGAUGAUCUGAUUGAGCUCCAUAUCUCUCGCCAUGUUGGCAACGUUACAGCAGGGUACUCUCCCAAAUGGCGUGCAGCAUCAUAUGCAUCUGUCAACCCUGCCUUCCUUGAUCAUUGCCGGGCAUUUGCGGAUUGGUUGCAUAGCAUGUAUAAUCCAGAAACCGGUGCUGUGUAUAACGGAGGCCAAUUUGAGAUAUUCGCGCCCGCUCGAAAACCAAGGUGCAGAUUCCAUUGGACUGAAUCAUGGCCAUGAUGAAUACAACAGAGGAUGCAGGGACUGGUCUGGAUGACGACAGGUGAGCUGAGCUGAUACUCAAC